UCUUUUUCCUUUUUUUUUUUGGCACUUCUCCAUUUUUAUCAUUUCUUUUUUUUUUUCUUUUUGGGUUCACAGUUCACUGCUUGCCAAAGUUUGAUUCUUUUUGCUAACUGCAUGACUUAGGAUUAUACUAAUUCAUUUGGGUGCUGUGGAAAAUGGCUGAACAGUGAAUGGAAACUUGUGAUUCUUUAGUGUGAAUGGACCCAUUCUCUUGUUAGGUUUUGCUGCAAGGAAUCUUUUUUUCUUUCUUUCCUUUGGUUUAAAGAAAAAUAAAUGGUGGGGUUUGUGUCUGAAGCAUGUGAAGCUUCAGGUUAUGAGCAAAGUUUCUUUCUUUUUGUUUUUCUGUGUUGUGUUUGGUUUUCUUCUCCCCCUUUUUUAUCUUGCCAACUCUUGCUGUGUUAAAUGGAGCAUUUUCGUGCUUGUGCUUUGAAAAUCGUGGAGUGUGGAUGGUGGUGACUUGGUGGAGGCCUGGUUAAAUCAAGAGGGAACUACAAAAAAGGACUUAAAACGGCUUUGUAGACUGAAGAUAUAUGUUAUCAGAAUCCAAAAUUCUUCUGAACACUCGAUUCCCUCAUGGAAUGGACUUCAUUGUAUUGUGACGCACGUUUACUUUUGUCUUUAGUGCUUGAAGCCUAGCAUCCAGUAGUUCAGGAUUCUUAUCUGUAGAAGAAUAAAUGUUGGGCAACAAAGUGUUGCUAACUUACAAAAGAAAGCGGCAAUCACUAAAUAGUGGUUUUAUCCAUGGGAGUUGUAGCCAAAAUUCAAUAAGUGAAGAUGCUCAUAAUUGUUCUUUAUCUGCACAAGUUAAACAGGAGAAGCAAACUGCAGAAAAGUCAUCAGAAAAGCCUGAAGAAGAACUAUUGGGUACUAGUGAUGAGAAAUUGCCAUGUUUCAGACAGCCAGAUUGUUCAUCAUUGCAUCCAGUUCAAAAUUCUGGUGGCCCUAAGAUAGGGGAGCUUGGAACUUGCGAUGCAUUACAAAUGGUGACUACUACACACAAAUCAUUUUCAACAACACAUCCAAGCGAGGAUAACAUCAAGAGUGAUGUUGGAAAAUUACCCCCUGUAGAAAAGGAUUCACAGAAUGAUUGCGUUACUCAAAGAAAUUCCUUUGCCAGUGAAAACUCUGGUAGUGGAUGUGGCAACUGUUCAAAUGAAAAAAUUGCUUCCCUGCCAGUUGAAUUGGAUGCUGGGAAUGAUUUUAAUUUACACAACUCAGAAACAUUGAUCACAAGGGAAUUCAGUUCUGCAAAUGUCAAUAAAUCUCCUGUUUUGAAUAAUUCAGUGGACAAACCUACUGAUUCACACUCCAAAGAUAAUUUCAGGAAUCCAUCUGGACGUAUGCUUUUGCAGACCAACUUGACCAGUUCGUUAAUAACCUUCAAUCGAUGUUACAAAAGAAAAAAGGGUUUGGAUGGAGCUGAUAGGCAGAGCAACAUAUCACAACAGAAGGAAAACAUUUCAGUGUUAACCAAGUGGAGUAUGCUUGCAAAUGGCAAUUCAUGUUCUAGUGAUGAAUCAUCUAGUGAGGAAUGUCCUGUAGAAAAUGUACCAGACCUUAAUCAAUCAGUGGAUCUUUCAAAAAGAGAGAAGGCAUUGAAUGAAACUCUAGAUGAAAAAUCUUGUAGAAGCAGCUCUAAGGUUUUUCUGACAGACCUUAAUCAAUCUGCUGAGUUUUCAGAAAGAGGGGAGCUUUGUCAAACUCAAGAAAAAGUGAAGAGUACUGAUUCUCCAUGCUCCCCUGGCGUUGUUUCUGAAACCUGUAUAGGAGACAUGAGAGAGCAACUUUGUCAUGGGGAAGACAUGGUAAAAAAUGUCCCCCAUACAGACACAACAGGAGAACCGAGCCACAGUUUUCUGAUUCAAAAGGAAGACCAACAUCCUCAUAAGGAUUGCCAAGGAAUCUCUAUUAAAGUUGAUUCAGGAGAUCUCUAUCCUGCUGCCACAACUGCUGAUCAGGAUCUAGAGAAGUCCCAGCUCUUGGCAUGUGAGGUCAUUGGAAAUGUUCGGUGCAAUGACAUGAUGAAAAUUGGAGAACACCAACCUCAGUUUGACCUGCCUGUUAACUCUGCAGAUGAGCACACCGUUGAUUUGAGCUUGGGUGCUGAUAAGCAUUCCCUUCAUUUGAGGACGAGAACUCUUGGGGCCAAACUGGAAUCAACAAGCAGUAGUUCUGCCAUUGCUGAAGAUCAAAUUUCUGAGCUGGACUUUUUAAACUCUAGAAAUACACAGCUGAUUUCAGAGGGAAAGGCUAUAGAUGCUGUUUGCUCAAGUAGUACUCAACCUCAGUCAGCUGGUUUAAUGAUGUAUGAAGAAAGAAUGAAUGUUCAACAAGGAAAAAUUGAUCAACCAAAACCCAUGCCAAUGAUUUCUCUUUCUUUGGGUUUGUCCCUGCCUAUAGAUCUCAAGACAGGCAACAAUUCCAUUGAUAGUUUGUCAGUGUUGUCUUUGUCAAAUUCAACCUCUGAAACUAGAGAUAUUGUCCAAGAUGGAUUAUGCCGGUCAUCAUCACCAAACAGGAGACCAUUGCUUCCCAGGCACCAGAUAGUGCUUGACAACAUUGCACACAGAACAAGAGCUUUAAGUGAAAGAGGAAAUUUUCAAGAAAAUUUGAGGCCACACCCUAUCAUGUGGUCUGAAGAGGAGUUGGAUUUUCUGUGGAUUGGUGUGAGGAGACAUGGUAGGGGUAAUUGGGAUGCUAUGCUAAGGGAUCCGAGAUUGCGGUUUUCACCAUCAAGGGUACCAAGGGAACUUGCUGAGAGGUGGGAGGAUGAACAAUUAAAACUUUUGAACGAUAUUGGUGUUCCACAGUUCAUGUAUCCAGCGGCUGAAAGGACAGCAACAGCGGCGUCAUUGCAAGGAAACUUUUGCUACUUGGAUCCUACUUCAAGUUUCUGGGAGAGUAACCCCUUGAAGAAGCCUCUUGCCAGAUUUAAUUUUCAAAGUAACACCACUGCACACAGUCAUAGGCCAACUGUUCGUUCCAGAAAGGCCUCUUGCAACAACAUAGAUAAGUAUGAGUUAGGAUUUUUCAAUUCUCCAGGAAGCUCGAGUAUUUCCAGGGAAAACUCUUACUCAAAUGAUUAUCUAUUUAAUUGUUCGGCUACGACAAAUAAUUUGCCCCACUGGCUCAGAGAAGCAGUUAACACUCCUUCACUGAAGUCAGCUGUGCCAAAUAUGUCGGCAGCGAUUUCGUUGAGCUCUCAUCCCGAGAUGCCAGGAGCUUCAGAUCGUUGCUUUAAUGCCGGCAAGUCAUGCUUUGUACCUCAAAACUGGUUCAAUGGUUUGAGGCCACAUGAGUUACAUAUGCCAAAUGGUUCUCACUAUUCAACCUAUUCAAGAAGAAAAUGUGGGGUGGUGAAGAUGAACAAGUCUCUGGAACAACGUGUCCGCAAACCGGAUGACUUGAUCAUCAUUGAUAGUGACACUUCUUCUGAAGAGACCAUAUCUGAUGAUCACCGUGCCAGCUUGUAGAUUCUGAAGAAUGAAUUUGAUGUUGAUAAAAUGGUAACUUUGGUUAAUAACUGUUGUAAGGUGUAGAAAGGUUGUAGGUGAAUGAUGCAUGGUUUUGUAGCUUAGCAAUCUGUAUAACGUAGGUGAUUUAUGUGAUUUGCUGCUAAAUGAACGUUGAUUUUAUAUUAUAAAUGAAUUUUUUAGGGG